AUGGCUGACGCACCUCCUCCCACCCCAUCCGAGCUCCUUCGUAUGGUGACUGAGCUUCAGCAGGCAAAUCAGCACAUGGCUGAGGCAAACGAGCAUAUGAGAAACGAAAAUCAACGGAUGCAACAACAGAUGGAGCAAUUAAUCAAUGCCCGCAUUGAACAUGGUAACGAUCAUAAUGAGCGGAAUAAUGACGAUGAACACCGCACACUUGUUUCGGAAACACCUCAGGAUGAGGAAGGCGGCGGUCCGCAUGAUAGCGAAAAAAGAGCCGAAACUGAUAGGGACGAGCUUGACAACUCCACAGGACCAUUUACGGCGGAUAUCAUGAAUUUCCAGCUACCUAGGCAGUUUACUUUACCAGCAACGUUAACUCCUUAUGAUGGAUUGGGAGAUCCAAAGCAACACAUUAAGAAAUUCCGAUCAAUUAUGAUCGUUAACGGUGCAUCUGAUCCUAUUUUAUGCCGUUGUUUUCCUUCUUUUUUAGAUGGCCCUGCACUUGACUGGUUUUGCUCUUUGCCUGCAGAUUCUAUUUCCCGAUUUCAGGAACUGGCAAAGCAAUUUGAGGAUCACUUUGCAGCAUCCGCUAUUUAUCUACAUGACUCGGACUACUUGACGACUGUUAAACAAGGCCCUCAAGAAAGCCUGAAAGACUACAUCACCCGUUUUACGAAGAUAGCAAUGAGGAUCCCCGAUCUUCAUCCUGAGGUCCACCUACAUGCCAUCAAGAGCGGGCUCCGCCCAGGGAAAUUUCAAGAAGCUAUCGCGGUAGCUAAACCAAGGACUCUGGCCGAGUUCCGUGAGAAGGCCAAAGGACAGAUAGACAUCGAAGAACUCCGUCAAGCUCGGAAGUCAGAAAAGUCGGCAACCACCAAAGACGACGAGAAGCCCCGUGAAAGUAGAAAGAACUUCAAGCCAGUACCCCGAUACGACUCAUACACACAGUUCAACACCAAGGGAGACGACAUUAUCAAGGAAAUAUUAAAUUCCAAGCUGAUCAAACCUCCACGGAAAGCCGGGAGUUAUCCAGAACCAAAAAAUGUUGAUAAGUCCAAGUAUUGUACGUUCCAUCAGAAGUUCGGUCAUACAACCGAUGAAUGCGUGAUCGCUAAAGAUCUCCUUGAACGUUUGGCGAGACAGGGGCACCUUGACAAAUUCAUUGCAGGUCACAUGCAAAAGAGAUCCACUUCUGCCGCGGAACCAUCCUCGGUAGCAACUCCAUCAAAAGACAAGGAGAAAGUUCCUGCUCAACCCAGGGGUGUAAUUAAUUGCAUUUCUGGGGGCUAUGCAGGGGGAGGAUGUACAAGCUCUGCACGCAAACGCACGUACAGAGCAAUGCUCGCCCUGGCGGAUACGACCAACAAUCCUCAGCUGACACAAAAAGCACCUGAGAUAACAUUUUCCCAAACUGAUUAUCAUGCUCAUGACCGAAUCUCGAUGACCCUGUCGUCAUCUCCAUUCAGCUGGGCGAUUUAA